CCAUGAAUGUUCAUCACCACCAUUUAAUACAAAAGAACACCAUCCUUGCAAACAUCAUGGAUGCCAAGCAAAGAACUUCAUCAGGAAUGAGAUCUUAUGAGUCUGUUGAACCUGACUACCAGUGGAUUGAAGACAGUACCUCUAGUAAUCUCAUUGUUCACCUUCCAGGGUUCAAGAAGGAGCAGAUCAAGGUACAAGUGGAUACAUUUGGAACACUAAGGGUAAGUGCAGAACGACCAAUUGAAGGAAACCGAUGGCGCAGGUAUCGGAAAGAUUUCCGCAUACCAGAGACAACUAAUGUUAGUGAGAUCAAAGCUAAGUUUGAGAAUGAAGCUCUUCAUGUGAGUGUGCCAAAACCGAUCACCCAGACAGAAGUCACAGAACAUGAACAGCCAAAGCCAACUCCAGAGCCUCCGGUCAUCCAAAAGGAAAUGCAAGCUGAUGACAAAGGUGAAGAAGAAAAAACAGUACCAAAGAAAGAGGAUGACAAAGAAAAGAAAGUUGAAGAAAGUUCUGGAGCUAAGGAGUCACCAACUGGUUCCAGGCAAAGCAAGAAGGAGAAGCUGAGGCAUGGAAUAGGUAGGCUAACUAUGAAGGCCAAAGAGCCCAGGACACUGAUGGUGAAUGUUGUCACAGCUGUGAUUCUGUUAAUCAUUGGUGCUGCAAUAUAUAUGAGGCACAAGAUGAGGGAGUCUGGGCAGGUAGAUAACUAUGAGGCGCUGUAAUGAAGAAAUGCUGCUAUAACAUUUAAAAUAAGAUGGAAUGAUAAUUGUGAGUAAUAAAUUCAAGUAUUACUAGUUUCAACUAAACAAUCUUGAUGAAAAAAGAGGAAAUUGGCCAAAAUUUGUACUCAAGGAAUCAAGAAGAAAAAUAUAUAUAUAUAGUGAUAGUUUUAUUCUU